AUGAAGUUAGAAGAAGUUAAAGAAGAAAAUGAAAAGAAAGAUGUAAUUAGAAAAUUAAAAGGUGAACGAGAAUCUUUAAAACCUCUUGAAAGUAGAAUUCAAGCUAAAAAAAGAAUGUUAAAUGAUAAAUUAAGAAGCAAAGAAAGGGAAUUUAGAAUUCUUGAAAUACAAAGUUCUGAAGAAAAACACAAAAUUGAUGAAUUUGAAAAACAAAAAAGUGAAAAAGAGGAAAGGUUAAAUGAAUUAAAAAAUAAACAAAUAAUCACUCUUAACGAAAAUCAAAAAAAACAAUUUGAUAAACAAAAUGAAAAAUAUCAAACUGAGUGUAGAGAUAAAGAGACUGAAUUUAAUGAAAUAAAAAGACAAAUUAAACAAGAUGAAGAAUUAAUAAAAGAACUUGGAAAAGUAGAAAAUAUUAAACUUUUAGAAGAACAACUUGAUUCAAUCAAGAUACAAGUUAAAAGGUAUGAAGAAGGAAUACAAAAAGAAGAAGAAGAAAAGAGAAAAGAAGAAGAAGAAGCAGAAAUAAUUAAAGUUAGAUUAAAUGAAAAAACAGAAAAUAUUGAAAGAAUUAACCAUGAAUUAAAACAAGUUGAAGAUCAAAUGAGUGAAUUAAGAAUGAGUUUAAAAGAAAAUAAACAUGAAAGAAUGUUAAAUGAAAUUGUUGAUAAUUUGAAACGAUUAUUCAGUAAAGUUUAUGGACAAGUUAAUGAAUUAUAUACUCCUAUUAAUAAGAGAAAUGGAAAUGUUAUUAGUUUAGCUAUUGGAAAAUAUAACAAAGCUGUUGUUGUUGAAGAUACUCAAACAGCAAUAGAAUGCUUAAGGUAUGUCAAAGAACAAAGAAGUAGAGUUGUUUUAACUUUCUUAUGCUUAAAAGAAUUAAAGACAAAAGAUUUCUUUGAACUUGAUGAAGAAAUUAAGGAUAUAGGAGGAAGUUUUGCAAUUAAAAAUAUUAAGUAUAAUGAUAAAUAUGAUUCUGUCUUUAGAUUUGUAUUAAAUAAUACAUUACUUGUUGAUACAUUAGAUAAUGCAAGGAAAAUUGCUUUUAGUGAAUACCAUAGACAUAAAUUUAGAGUAAUUACUUCAAUUGGAAGUAUUGUAGAAAAAAAUUCAUUAAUGGUUGGUGGUAUAACAGAAAAAAGUAAAAAGAAAGUUAAUGUUAAAAAAGGAGAAGAAGAAUAUAUGUCAUUAUCUAGUAAGAAACAACAAUUAGAAGAAGAAUUAAAAGAAACACAAAAUAUUCAAAUAACAAAUUUAGAAGAAGUUCAACUAAGAGUUAAAGGAUGUCAACAAAGAAUUAAUGUAUUACAAAAAAAUUUAGAAGAAAUAAAAAAGAAUGAAGAAAAGUAUAUAAAAGAGAAAGAAGAAAUGGAAAAGAAAAUCGGAGGUAAAGAUGUUAGAGAAGUCAAAAAAAGAAUAACCCAAAAUAAGAACCAUUAUAAACAACUUGAAGAAGAAUUAAAAGAAAAACAAGAAGAAUAUUUUGGAGAAUUAAAUCAUCAAAUAGGAAUAGAAAAUAUUUAUUUAGAGUGUAGUGAAAGAAUUAAUAAAGAAAGAGAACUUGAAAUGUUUAACAUUCAACAAGAAAUUGAUGUACUUAAAGAACGAAUUAAAAUAGAAGAUGAGAAGAAUAGUUCAACAGAAAAAAUGGAGUUAGAAAAAGAAAUUUAUGAUCUUAAAGAAGAGAUUAAACAAGAAAUUAGUAAAAAAGAAGAAGAGAUUAAACAAGAACUUGAAAGAAAUAAUACAGAAAUUGAAAAAAAAAGUGGAGAAUUAGCUAGUAUACUAAGAGAGAUGGAAAAACUAAAAAUAAAUGUUACAGAUAAAAAGAAAGAAUACGAAGAAGUUGAAAAUCUUAUUAAACAAAAUCAAAAAGAACAAAGUCAUGCACAAAGCAUGUACAGUAAAUUACAAGUUGGAUUAGAUGAAACUGUUAGAAGUGCUAGAAUGGAACAAAUAGAAUUACCUAUUAAAGACAAUGAAAAGAAAACUCAAAGUACUAAAAUUACUAUGGGUAUUGUCACACAAAGUACAACUUAUGAAGAGGUAGAAUUUGACUUUGAGAGUAUAAAAGAUAUUAAAAUAAAAAAUAAUGAAGAAUAUAACAGAAUACGGAAUGAGUUAAUAGAAGAAAUAAAUAAACUAGAAAAUAAGAUCAAUGGACUUACACCAAAUAUGAAAGCUAUUGAUCAGUUUAAUGGAAUUGUUGAUAAAUUAAAAGAUAUUAAUGAUGAUUUUGAAGAAGUUAGGAAAGAAGCCAAAAGUGCUACAGACGCUUUCUUAGAAAUUAAAAAUAAAAGAACAAAAAUGUUUAUGGAAGCUUUUGAACAUAUUUCCAAUACAAUUGAUCCAAUUUAUAAAGAGUUAACAAGAAGUACAAAACAUCCACUUGGGGGUACUGCUUAUCUAUCUUUAGAAAAUACAGAAGAGCCUUAUUUAAGUGGAUUAAAAUAUAGUGCAAUGCCACCAUUUAAAAGGUUCCAUGACCUUGAACAACUUUCUGGUGGAGAAAAAACUAUUGCUGCACUUGCCUUAUUAUUUGCUGUUCAAAGUUAUUAUCCAAGUCCAUUUUUUAUUUUAGAUGAAAUAGAUGCUGCACUAGAUGUUCAAAAUAUUCUUCAAGUCGCCAAAUAUAUUCAAAAAAAAUGUGGAGAUGUCCAGUUUUUAGUAAUUUCUCUUAAAGACACUUUAUAUGAAAGGGCUGAUGCUUUAGUUGGUGUGGCACGUGAUCUUGAUAAAAAAACAUCUGUUACUUACACAUUAGACUUAAAAGAAUAUGAGCUUUAA